ACCGCCGUUUGCUCCGGAAAUACUUGUGCGUUGUUGUUGUGAAUGGUGAGCAUGGACACCUAUGCGCCAAAACAUUCCAACAAAAGGUUGCUGCUGUAGCUUUUCCCCAGCAUGAACUUUGAAGGUCUCGAUGCAGGGAUGGGGGAAUUCCCACCAAACCUUCACGGGACUCUUGACGCGGGACUGGAGCCUUCCAUGGACCCUCACCUAAACCCCAGUUUACUCCAGGGUGUGGAGCUGGAAGCGGAGGGCCUCACCAUGACGGUUCCCGAGCCUGUGCACAUGAUGGAGGGAAUUUUCUCUGAGCUCCACAGUGUUGUGUCAGAAGUGGGCAUCCCAGUCACUGCAACACAUUUUGAUAACCAGGAAGAAAUGCUCUGGAUGGGAAACCACAGAGGUCAUGUAACAUCGUUCUUUGGGCCUACAAUGGGACGUUAUUCAUCUUUCCAAGUGCACGCUGCAGAUGACAUCCGGCACAUACAGAGUUUGGAAACAGGAGUGCUCUUCCUUUCCAAAUCCAACCUCAAAUGCUACACGCGUGGCGGCCUGUUUAUGUUUGAUUAUCCAAUGGAGGAGGGAGCGGACAUGCAUAGUCUCCUCAUGACCGGCAACAACACGCUCCUCAUGGGUGGGCUGCAAAACUAUGUUGCUGAAGUUGACUUGAAUACGGUUCAAGAAACUCAAAAGUUCACCGUGGACAUACCCGGAGUGGCCAUAAUGCGGCAAAGCAAUCGUUUCUUCUUCUGCGGCCACACUUCUGGCAAAGUAACCCUUCGUGACCUUCGCACUUUCAAGAUGGAACACGAGUUUGAUGCGUUCUCCGGAAGCCUGUCAGACUUUGACGUUCACGGGAACCUUCUGGCGGCAUGUGGGUUCUCCAGCCGUGGAUUGAACGGGUUAUCUUGCGACCGUUUCCUCAUGGUCUACGACCUUCGGAUGAUGCGGGCUGUUACUCCGCUUCAAGUUCACGUGGAUCCCCUUUUCCUGCGCUUUAUCCCCACUUACACUUCACGUCUUGUGAUCAUCUCACAGACAGGUCAGUGUCAGUUCUGUGAGCCCACUGGACUUGCUAAUGUGGCGGAUAUAUUUCACGUCAAUACUGUCGGCCAGCUGCUCAUGAGUUUUGACGUAUCGUCCAGCAAACAAGCCUUAGGCUUUGGGGAUUCAGGGGGCUGUGUGCAUCUAUGGACCGAUGUUCCAGAGGUGUCUUUCAACGACUACUCUCGGGAGACGGAGUUUGCUCUGCCCUGCCUGGUGGACACACUGCCCCAGCUGGACUGGAAUCACGACCUACUGCCCCUCUCCCUCAUCCCGUUACCCCUGACCAGCACUGAGCCGCUACUGUCGGACUGGCCCACAUCUCUGGCUGCACCACGUCCCAGGCGAGCUCCCCCUGUGGACCCGGAAAUCCUGCGAACUAUGAAAACCGUCGGGUUCAUCGGUUAUGCAGCAAAUCCUCGGACACGUCUUCGGAACCAGGUUCCCUAUAAGAUUAAGGAUGCAGAGCUUGAUUACGAUAAUUACAAGCAGGUCCCCGAGUCACCAAUUGGGCGCGACGAGGAGCCACACCUCUGCAUGGUUUUGAAGAAGUACAGAAAGGUCACAAUUAAAUAUUCCAAACUUGGACUGGAGGACUUUGAUUUCAAACAUUACAACAAAACCUUAUUUGCUGGCCUUGAGCCUCACAUUCCCAAUGCAUACUGUAACUGCAUGAUUCAGGUGUUAUAUUUUCUGGAGCCAAUCCGGUGUCUAGUGCAGAAUCAUUUAUGCCAAAAGGAGUUUUGUUUGGCCUGUGAGCUUGGCUUUCUCUUCCAUAUGUUAGAUUUGUCUCGAGGAAACCCUUGUCAGGCUAGUAACUUUCUCCGAGCGUUUCGCACCAUCCCUGAAGCCUCAGCUCUGGGUCUGAUCCUCUCGGACUCCGAUGAGCAAACGGGCAAAGCCAAACUGGGUCGCCUCAUCCAGAGCUGGAAUCGCUUCAUACUCACCCAGCUCCACCAGGAGACGCAGGAGCAGGAGGGUCCACAGGCCUACCGGGGAGCUAGCAGCAGCUCUUUGGGCUCCUCCGUGGAAUCCGUCAUUGGAAAGCUGUUCGGCUGUGAGGUGGAGAACAGCAGUUUGUGCCGCUGUGCAAAGGAAACGGUCCGCUCAUCCCUCACGCUGCUCUUUACCAUGCACUACCCUGAACAGAACUCUCAGGAAAAAGUGAUAAAGGAGCAUGACUUUGCUGAAAUCCUGAAGAAGAGCAUCUGUCUGGAGCAGAGCACUCAGGCGUGGUGUGAGAACUGUGAGAAGUAUCAGCCUACGGUGCAAACACGCAACAUCAGAUGUUUGCCAGACGUUCUGGUCAUCAAUUGUGAGGUGAACAGCGCUAAAGAAGCUGAAUUUUGGAAGGUUCAGGCAGAGUAUGCAUUCAAUAAGGCCAUGCAGAAAGAGGCAAAGGAUACUUCAAAACUUGAUGAAGCUCCUCCACCCAUGCCCAGCGAGUGGUGUUUGGAUGGGGAGGAAUUAUGCAGCAUGGAGGGCUUGACGAUUGACACCCGGGCAGAGGAUCUGCGGCAUGUUUGGAUCCCCCUAACGCUAAAGAUGUCCAUUAGCAAGAGUCAGGGUCUGGAGAUCAGCAGCUGUUCUGAGGGAGACGAGUUAAGUGCUACUGAAGAGGAGGAGGGCGCCUCUCUGUAUGACCUGGUGGUCACAGUGCCUCACAUUCAGGAUGGACGUACAGGAGGAAACCUGGUUGCGCAUAUCAAAGUUGGUGAGACUUACCAUCAAAGAAAAGAGGGAGUCACACAUCAGCAGUGGUACCUCUUCAACGAUUUCUUAAUUGAGCCCAUUGACAAGACUGAAGUUGCACAGUUUGAUGUGAGCUGGAAGGUCCCUGCCAUCCUGUAUUACGCCAAGAGGAACUAUCACACCAAAUACGACCUCCGCAUUAAAAAUCCUAUAGAUGCCAGCGUGCUGCUGACCGAGGCCUCUCUGGCUCGGAAGCAGAGGAAGAGUCACGCCACCUUCAUCCCUCUUAUGGUCAGUGAGAUGCCCCAGGCGGGUGACCUGGUGGGGCUGGACGCAGAGUUUGUAACUCUUAAUCAGGAGGAGGCAGAGCUGCGCAGCGACGGCACCAAGUCCACCAUUAAACCCAGUCAGAUGUCUGUGGCCAGGAUCACAUGUGUGAGGGGCCAGGGGGCCAACGAGGGAAUUCCCUUCAUUGAUGACUACAUUUCCACUCAAGAGCAGGUUGUUGACUACUUAACACAGUAUUCUGGCAUCAAACCAGGAGACCUGGAUGCUAAAAUCUCCUCAAAGCAUCUGACCACACUGAAGUCCACCUACCUGAAGCUGCGCUUCCUCAUCGACACAGGGGUUCGCUUCGUCGGCCAUGGCUUACAGAAAGACUUUCGGGUCAUUAAUUUAUUGGUUCCAAAAGACCAAGUUGUCGACACCGUCUACUUGUUUCAUCUGCCCCGCAAGAGGAUGAUUUCUCUGAGAUUCCUGGCUUGGUAUUUUCUGGAUCUCAACAUCCAGGGAGAAACCCAUGACAGCAUAGAGGACGCUCGCACUGCUCUGCAGCUUUACAAGAAGUACCUGGAACUGAGCCAUGGAGCCGGGAAAGAUGAAAUGAGAAAGGUCCUGAAGGGACUGUAUGAAAAAGGCAGACAGCUUGACUGGAAAGUACCAGAAUCGGACGCGGGAGACGGUCAAGGCGCUGCUGUGUUUCCCUCUGUGAUGGGCCUGUGAGGCGGCCCGAGAUCCGCCGUCACUCUGGAUCCAUUCCCACUCACUCCUCUUUAAUUCACUCUUCUGGUUUAUACUUAUUUACAUAAUUUUCAUGGAUGUCUGGAAUUUACAGCCUAGCCCCCCCCCCCCGACGACUCCAUCACCAACAAACCAAUUCUUGUCAUCCACACUUCUCCUCUCUUAAAGAUUUUAAGUUUAAAGAUUUUGUAUUUUAUGGUUUUGUAUUUUUUACUUGUGGGCUUUUUGAUGCUUAUAAAUAAAGGGCAGCAUGACUGUUGUAAAAUGGUGUUUGAUAUGAGAGAAGUGAGUAUGAAGUAUAAAGCAGAUUCAUUACU